CCAGUCUCUCAGCUGCUCUGAAGCAUUGACUCUGUUGAGUGUGUGAAGUUUUGCUGGAAGUUUAGCGCAGGUCUGACUCUGAGUCUCCGGACUCUUUCUCUGCCUCUAGACCCUGUCUCUGCGUCUCUGGACCCUGUCCCUGCCUCUGGACCCCGUCCCUGCUGCGUCUCUGGACCCUGUCCCUGCUGCGUCUCUGGACCCUGUCCCUGCACCCUGUCCUGUGUCUGGACCCUGCCUCUGUCUCUGGACCCUGUACCUGUCUCUGGACCCUGUCCCGUCCCAUGCUUGGGGUGCGAUGAGCGGCCAGACGGUUCCCGCGGACUUCUCGGAACACAUGUUGGACCUGGACGAGGACGAGGACCUGGAGGUCUUCACUAAGAACACGUCUCUGGAGGAGGACGGCCGCUUGCCCAACUCGCCUGGCUCCAUGAGCAACCAGUACAGGCUGGAGGAGGAUGAGGAACAGCAGCAGGACAACAACAAAGACCUCUUCAUCACCGUGGACAAGCCGGAGAGCCAGGUCACCGCCAUCGAGACCUUCAUCAUGUACAGAGUCGUGACCAAGACGACUCGCAGUGAGUUUGACUCCAGUGAGUAUGAGGUGCGUCGACGGUACCAGGACUUCCUGUGGCUCCGAGGCAAACUGGAGGAAAACCACCCGACCCUCAUCAUUCAUCCUCUUCCAGAGAAGUUUGUGAUGAAAGGCAUGGUGGAGCGCUUCACCAACGACUUCAUCGAGACCAGGAAGAAAGCGCUGCACCGCUUCCUCAACAAGAUCUCGGAGCACCCCAUCCUGUCCCACAGCGAACACCUGAAGGUCUUCCUCAGUGCGCAGGACCUGUCGCCUCACAAGAAACAGGGUCCGGGCUUCCUGAGCAGGAUGGGGGAGACGGUGAGGGCGGUGGCCAACUCGGUACGAGGCGUGAAGAGCCGGCCGGAGGAGUUCACCCUGAUGCAGCAGUAUGUGGAGGACUUCAGCAACAAGGUCGGCACCGUGGACAAAGUCACCCAGAGGAUCAUCAAGGAAAAGAAAGAAUAUGUGGAUGAAGUGAUGCAGUGCAGCUCCACGUACACCCAGUGGGCUGACUCGGAGCGGGAGCUGGCCGAGUCUCUGAGGGGCAUCGCCGGCUGUGUGGAGCAGUGCACCAAGGACACCGAGGAGCAGAUCCAGCAUCUGUCUCAGUCCCUGGUCCCUGCCCUGCACGAGUAUGUCCUCUGUGCAGAGACACUCAAGACUGUGCUGAGACGGAGAGACAACAUCCAGGCCGAGUUCGAAGCCAAGAAUGAGGCCAUGAUGACUAAGAAAGUCGACCAAGAAACUCUGCAGGAGGAGGUGGACGGUCUGGCCGACCGGGUGGAGCUGGCCAACAACGCCCUCCUGGGGGACUGGUCCCGCUGGCAGAGCAGCAUGAGAACUGACCUCAGAUCAGCCUUCGUCUCCGCAGCCGAGAAGAACGUGGAGUACUACGAGAAGUGCCUGGCUGUGUGGGAGUCGUUCCUCCUGUCUCAGAGAGACGGCUCCAGCGAGCAGAGAGACCGGGAGGAUGCGUCUUAAAGCGUGGAGAUGACCAGAGAACACGUGACCACACCAAGAGAAAGACUCUGAACCACUGCCCCUCAUCUAAAAGUGCCUCGUGUAGUAAAACAGCUCAGUCUCUUUCUCUUUCUUUCCCUUUCUCUGCUUCUCUUCCAGUCUCAUCAUUCCAGUGAUAACUACAUCACUAAAACCAGCACUGUGAUCCAAAUAUUUAAAGCAACCAUGUGCAUGGCCAAAGGGCUCUUCAGCCUCCACUUUGCUGCUCUGUGCUUCAUUCCUCUUUAUAUAAAUACAUAUUAUAUAUUUAUAUAUUUGACACACAGCUGUGGCCUCGUUCAGGGAACACUGUUGGGAGGAUGCCAAAUGCAGAGUCGCAUCUAGGCUGCCACUCUAACAGCAGACAUCUGAUUUCUAUCAUUCGGUUUAGUUAUAUUGAUCCAGCAUAUUGAAUCAAUAAUAUCAGUGUAGUGCAGCUAUGUGGCCUGAGCUAAAACCCAAACAUGAAAAGAAUUCUACGACUAGAGACCCAGUGAGUUGAAGGAUUAGUAAAAAUGAAACAUCUGUAACAUUAGCUAAUUUCAACCCCCACAAUUUAGAAGAUUCAAAACAAGACAGAGACGACAGAGAUUUCACGGAUCAUGAUCCAAUCCUGGUCUUUUAAUAUUAGGUAUCCGCUGAUCUGAUCUUAAAUAUCCUAGAGUUGGCCCCCUGUAGCUUCCUAAAGACUUCCAUUGUCCAUUGCCUUCCAACGAAGGUGAAGAAGAAGAAGUUUUGAAGCUACAGGGUAGUUUUGGUUUAUAUCAGACCUAAAAUAAAUUACUAUCAAUUUACUACCAUCAAUUUAAAAAUAAUGGACCAGCAUUGAUACCAAUCAUGAAUUUACUGUUAAAAUUUAGGCUUUAAUGGUGUGGAUCUACCUUUAGUAGAUGAAUAAAGCAGUCGCAGUGGUUCCAUCUCAGCGUGAAGCUUCGAACCUUCUGUGCAGAGCUUGCGUGUUCUCACUGUUUCAUUCCAAAGACUCUCCUGCUAAUGAGGAUAACAGGGAGAUACAGACGACUCUUCAAAUUUAAUCAGCACAAGGCAUUAAAGUCACUACUCAUCAGUAAUUCAUUACAGAGUGUAAUAAACAACAUGUUUCCUAAUCAUCGGUGAAUAAACCCGAACCGUUAAUUAUUUACCAGGUGACUAACAGAUUAAUCUACUGCACUGGUAACCUGAUCUGACACAGUGACCACAUCCACGACUGAGACCUGUGAUUACAUAUCAGUGAACAUCAUCUUCUGUGUCCCCAGAGAGAGACUUCACGUUUGAUAUGAAGCUUUUCACGGUAUGAUGUCUUCUUCUGGUUUCAUCAUGUGUAAUAAAUCAGAAAAAGUAUUGACGUGAUAAUAAAGACAGAUGUGACAUUUAAAUCAACGCUAUCACGUGUGAGUCCUAGCUCUCUGCUGGCUGGACUUUCACAUUGUUCAGACCGAAGCUUCUCACGCAUUUGAGGAUAAUUACAGAUCACAUCCAAAGACCAGCUCGUCCUUUUAUUCCUUUUCUUUUUGAGAAGAAGAAACUCCAUCGGUUUCUGCUCACUGAUUACCACACAGUCCCAAUGAACAUUUGUGAUCAGCUGUUCUUCUGUAAAGUAACUUGUCCAGUUUUAUCAUAAAUACUCUAAUCUGGGAUUAAUGAGACAGAGGAAAUGAAGCUGCACUCUGCUCAGCUGCCACCCUUUCUCUUCCUGCUCACCGAGGUCUGCAGGAAAUCACCGUUAUAACGGUGACCUGGCUGUCCAACAGAGUUAGACAUUUGAAUGCAGUAUGUUUACAGAUGAUAUGUUUACAGUCAUCCAUGUCCUUCAUCUGGGCCUUCUCAUCAGCUUUCUCCACUUCUUCUGUAUUUUUUUCUUUAUCUGAGCUCAUGGUCAAAGGAUAAUCUGUAUUUAUUGUGAAGCCCUUCAGGCACAUUUGUGGUAACGGGCCGUAUCAAUAAAGGUUUGACAAACUGGU